UUUUCACAGAAAUUAGAAUUUCGCGCCAAAAUUUUCUGUUCAGCAAAUUUGAAUUUUCCGCGAAAAUUUUUUCAAAGUAAUUUGAAUUUCGCGCCAAAAUUUUCUUCUCAGCAAAUUUGAAUUUCGCCAAAAUGUUUUCACAGAAAUUUGAUCUUUUCGAAAAAUACUUAUUCACUUAUCACACGCCUAUUGAAAAAUUGAUAAGAGCAAAAUUGAAAAGAUGCCUGAUACCAAUGUGACAAAUUCUUUGCUCGAUCUACCUCUGAAUGCCGCAAACCAAAUUUUUGAAAAGUUGGAGCCCAUGGAUCGAUUGAGAUCACGUAAAGUAUGUCGAGUUUUGAGGGCCGCUAUGGAUAAGCUUGGAGUUCGAUUCGACACAAUCCAUUUUAGCAUGUGGAUGGAAAAAUUCGAGUUGACGUUGGACGGAAUUGAAAUCAUUUAUACAGAAGCAGGUGGUGGUGGUUCACGUGUGAUUUACAAUGGUCAAGAAAAGCUAAUUCUAGAACAUGAAGCUUACACAGAAAGAGCUUUCAAGGAUUUGAAGAUUGUAUGGAAGCAUGUUUCAAAAUUAUCAAUUUUUAACUGUACUGAAGAUGGAUGCAGCUGUUCCACUGUCCCUUCUUUUAUUGAUUUUUUGAAGUCUGAAGAAAGGAUUUAUGUUAAGGAAAUUGCACUUGUAAAAUUCUCGUUCAAUGCUGUCAUUUCUAUGUUUCCGCAUUUCAAUGAUCUGGAAAGUAUUGAAUUGAUCAGUGUAGGCCCCAUUAAUCAAUUCAACCGACUCACUCAUUUGGCUCAGUGGAAAAAAGCACAAAGCUUCUGCAUUUAUGAUUCUGUGUUUGACAGUGAACUGAUUGUUCAGCUCUUUCAUUUCAAAUGUUUUACUAUCUCAAGAAUGACCGAUUUUUCAACAAAAAUUGCCGUUAAAAUUAGAGAUAAUCUCAUGAGAAGAAAUGCAUUUCAAAGUUGCAAUAUAACUUUUGAUAAGUCAACUUCGAAUCCAGUGGAAAUUGCAAAAGUGUUCAAUUGUACCGGCGAAAAUGAAUUCAGGACGGAAUAUUAUUCAAACGAUAUCAAUAGAUAUACAAUUGGAUUGAAAUCUUGCAAUUCGAAAAUUGCCGUGUUUUCUGCAAGGAGAUGUUAAUAGAUAAGAGCCAUAUUUUCGAGCCGUUUUGAUUUUCGCAAUAAAAUGUUUCA